UCUGGGUUUGGUCCUGAAGCCUUGCUGAGGCUAAGCUCUGAAUUUCUGAUGGCGGACUGGAGCCUGUUGGGAAAUUUCUUAGAGGAAGUGCAGGAACAUUCCACCUCUGUGGGGAAGGUGUGGCUGACCAUCCUGUUUAUCUUUCGGAUCCUUGUACUGGGCACUGCAGCAGAGUCAUCCUGGGGUGAUGAGCAGGAGGAUUUUAACUGUGACACUGAACAGCCAGGCUGUGAGAAUGUCUGUUAUGACAGGGCCUUCCCAAUCGCACACAUCAGAUACUGGGUUUUGCAGAUUGUUUUUGUGUCCACACCCAGCCUCAUCUACAUGGGCCAUGCCAUGCACACCGUCCGAAGAGAAGAAAAGAGGAGGAGUCGGCAGGAGGAGCUGGAAGAUCGACGGUCUGAAGAUGACCCUGGGGGAGGGCAUGACAGAGGGAGGGUGGACAUCCAGGAGGCAAGGACAGAAAAGGACGGCUCUAAGGACAAGAGAGAGGGCCGUAUCCGUCUGCGUGGGGCUCUGCUGCAGACCUAUGUCCUGAGCAUCCUCAUUCGCAGCAUCAUGGAGGUAGUGUUUUUGUGUCUUCAAUACUUCCUUUAUGGUAUCUUUCUGAACCCACUGUAUGUGUGUAAGGCCUGGCCUUGUCCUCAUCCGGUCAACUGCUAUGUCUCCAGACCCACAGAGAAGAACGUCUUUAUUGUGUUCAUGCUGGCUGUGUCAGCAGUGUCCUUAGUCCUCAGUGUACUUGAGCUGCAACACCUGGCCUGGAAACACUGCUGCAGGCAACUGUUUUGUGCUGGGAAUAACGCUAAACCUGAAGAACCAUCUUUGGCCAGACAAGUCUCUCUGUCACCACCACCACCUUCAACCCCACCCCCUGACUUCAGCCAGUGUGUUAUAGGGUCCACACACUUUUUACCCAUGCCCUUCCCUCAGCACCGCUUGGCAAACCAGCAGAACUCUGAGAACAUGGCUACAGAGAAGAGUAACAUGGCUGCUGCAGUGGAAGAGGACUUCCUGCAGCUCUCCUGCUACAGUCCUGGAUGGCACGAGACCGUAACUAACCCCACUGAAGACCAGAGGACUGAGGCUAACUACAAGCCCCCAGAAAGGAGCAAUCAUGAAAGGCCGCUGCUGUGCCCGAACACAGCUAUGUGCCAGAAAGACAAGAGACGCUUCAGCAAAACCAGUGGAACAAGCAGCCGGAGCAGGGCCGAUGACCUCUCUGUUUAAACUCUAUGGCCUGUGAUUCAGAGGACAAUUCCUGACUCCUGACUUUACCACGUUAGACCUGUGGUUUAUGUAUUUAUGAACACACCAGAAUAUGAUAUUUAGCCUUGUAGCUUCAUUAUACAUUCUAUAAUAAAGCUGUGUGUCACUGUAGCUUAAC